AUGGCAACUGUAGAAGGUAAAGGUGAAUCGCCAGAUUUUUCGCAACCAUGGAAAUUUAGCGAUGUCGUCCUGGUGGUUGCAGCGAAGAAACUUCAUGUUCACCGAGCUGUGCUUGCGUUGUGCUCUCCCGUUUCCGAGAAGAUGUUUACAUCCGAAUUUCAAGAAAAAGGCAAGAACGAGAUUUCUCUUCCAGGUAAAAAAGCAAAUGAACUGAUCCAGUUGCUUCAGAUCAUUUACCCUUCUGUAUCAGAGAAGCCAACCGAUCAAAUAAAAGAGGAGAAUUGUCGCUUUUUGUUACAGCUUGCGGAUGAGUACCAAAUGGACGCUAUUGUUCGGAGAUGCGAAGAUUACAUUGUCACUACGUUGAAGAGAACGAGAAAAGGAAUAAUUGAAGAGCUGAUAUUUGCUCAGACAUACAACUUACAGAAGCUGAAGCGGACGAGCCUUGAACUGGCUAAAGAUCUUAGCCUUCAAGAACUCAAACGUAACAAAUUAUACGGCAAAAUCAAUGCAGAGAACCUGCAAGGAAUUUUGGAAGAAAUAAUAAUCCGGCUUGAGAAAGAAGUGAGCUCA